AUGCAUUGUUUAAAAGAGCUUAAAGCCAUUGCCCAGUUUGAUCCCAUGGAGAAGUGCGUGACGAUUGCACAAGCCUGUAAUAGGUAUUGGCGAAAAUGCGUUAUGAUACCAGAUUCCAUGGCCAUAGAACCCGAUUGCGGUUGGGAAGGCGCUAGACCCAAUCAUUCCCACGUGGCCUUAGAAUGGUUACUCUGCACCGAGCGAGAUCUGGGUACUAGACUCCAACAUGCGCGACAUGGAGGUGAAUACAGUAUCCCCCAGGGUCCCAUUGUGCAUCGCGUGGAUGGAUACGAUGCCCAAUCCCGUACUAUUUACGAAUUUCACAGCUAUCUCUUUCAUGGUUGCCGAGACUGUUACCCACAAAGAAAUCAGAUCCCAUUUUCUACUUCGGGACUAAUCGUAGAAGCAUGCCGACGACAGACCACCCAGAAAAUAUCCAAGUUACGUCAGAUAGGAUAUACGGUGGUAGAAAUGAGGCAGUGCCAAUGGGAAAGACUCAAGAAAUCUCGCAAAGGCAUUGGAGAAUUCAUCCAGUCCCUAACCCUGACCACACCCAUUAAUCCGCGUGAUGCUUUCUCUGGCGGAUGGACAGGAGUGAGGACUCUCUACCACCGCGUGGACCCCACCCAACGAGAACAGAUCCGAUAUGUAGACGUGACUUCCGAGUACCCAUGGGUCAAUAAAUAUGGAGAAUACCCCGUCGGACAUCCUACCAUCUACUUAGAACCAGAAAAUCAAGAUCCCAACGCAUACUAA